AUGAUGUGGCUGUUAAGUUGGCCUAAAUGGAAACCUAAGUUAUAUAAGAAACUAAAGUGUGGCUUAAGAGUAUUAGUUUGAAUAUAGAUUUUCUUAAAGUUGAAAAGAAUUAAUGUGAAAGUUCAAAUGCUACCAUUUUUGUAAAGAAGAUUUAAUUUUAGAGUCAAUGAAAUAGAUUUAAAUCAACUUUUUUCAAGAUUUGGUUUUCCUAACUCUAAAGUAGUAUGCAAGACGAUAAACAGGCUACUAAUCGUUUAUAGUUCCAUUCUAUUUUUAGAAUGGGCUCCAAUAACUUUAAUGGGGGAAAUGACAAAAAACAAUGAAAUAAAUCAAUAAAUUGAGGAAUAAGAAUAUGAACUAAAUCUAAUUCUUAUUGUCAAGAAUCUUAAUUUUAGUAUAACUGAAAAAAUUUCCUAAACUUUAUGUCCUCCAAAAGUAAAUGAUUUAAAAGCCACUCUCAUUCAUAAAGAAGAGUGCAAAACAGCCAUACGAUUAAAAUAAUAUGAUUUUCAAUGA